AUGAGCCACCCAGGGGAAAACACCGGAAGUCGACCUUACUACAACAGCAGCAGAGGCUCUUCUUAUCGUGGAAGGUCUUAUAGGGGAGGAAACCGCUCUGGAGAUAGUGGACAGGGCGCUGCAAGAUAUCAAUAUAGUGGACACAGCUACGAAGAUAAUAAUAAUUCAGAACGAUAUGGGGCAAAUGCGGCCCCGUAUAAUCGCUCGAACUACCGCAACGAUUUUUAUGAUUCGCCUCGGAACUCGACUCAUGGUCUAGUAAACGGAACAGGCCACAUAGAGUCCUUCCAGCGUUACGAGAAGAAGCCGUCGUCUUCGUCCUCGGGCCACGAAUCAUGGGCUCCACCCGAACAACAACCGCGGCAUCAACCCCCAGUAACUGAAAGCACUAGUUAUGUUUAUCAGCAAAAAAAAAUCCUAUCCUCUGACUCGCCAGCUUAUUUUCUUACUGGUCUCGAUGAGUACACCACUGAUGAGCCUGAAAAAUCUAGAAUACUGUCAGUGUUGCGGGAAGAUGAUGAUAUCGAUUUAAAGUUGGAGGAGCAAAAGCUGCAAUUAUGCAAGAGCGAGCUGGAACUAGGUCUUCUAAGCACUCAGUCUGAAAAAGACGCUCUUAAUGUACAGUUAACGCAAGAGAACCUGGAUGCCAUUUUACUGAUGCAAUAG